CCGCGUCGCCGCGUCCAACGGUGAGACUGUAAGAUCGUGAGGUUGAAACGAUCGGGGGAACGAUCCAGAUCCGCAUCCCGACCGCGCGCAUACCGUUGCUCGUCGGUGACGGCGAGACGGCUCGCCCGCUGACGAGCAGAGUUCCCCAUCGACGAGUAUCGACGACGAUCGAUCGGUGGUCUCUCUCUCUCUCUCGCUCUCUCUCUCUCUCUCUCUCUUUCUCUCUCUCUCUCGAUAGGUAGGAGGUCGUUGUCGAUCCGUGACGUCAACCGAGGAUCCCCAUUGUACUUGUUGCGGGCGGACGUCUGCGCUCCGCCGACGAUGAAUCCUUGAUACGCGCUCUCCUUGAAGCCGUCCGUCGCUCUUUCCCGUCCUUCCUGCCCCCGCACUCCGUACGCGCCUUGAGUCUUCCUUUCUCUUGCUAUCGUGUGUGUCCACGAUGUCCUUCCGGGGUAUCUGUCGUACUUCGAUUUCGAAUAUUGACUCGCAGCCUUGUAAACUCGCGUUACUUUGCGAAUGCGUGAUAAGUAAUUAUCGCGAGUUAGAAGCUCGCCGAUAUCGCGCGAGGUACGCUCAAGACGCACGCGAUACACGGAACAGAAAAUAUUUCCAUGCACGUAAAGGGGAACUCACGCGUGACACCGAAGGCAGUAGUUACGGACCGUAAAAUUGUACUCGCCCGGACUUUUUCGAAAUCAGUAACAAAGAACACUGGAAGGAAGAAUUAAUUCAUAAAAGUCCACAAGUUGAAAGAGGAACUGAUUAAAUAUGGAUACUGGAUCUACACAGGGUAAAAAGCAAAUCCGCGUGGGAUUUUAUGACAUCGAGGGAACUAUCGGCAAGGGUAACUUUGCCGUUGUAAAGUUGGCCAGGCAUCGAAUCACGAAAACGGAGGUGGCCAUCAAGAUAAUCGAUAAAACUCAAUUAGACCCUACUAAUCUGGAGAAAGUGUAUAGGGAGGUCGAAAUUAUGAAGCAACUGGAGCAUCCGCAUAUCGUUAAAUUGUAUCAGGUCAUGGAGACGAAGAACAUGAUUUACAUGGUGUGCGAGUACGCGAGCAAAGGCGAGAUAUUCGACUACAUAGCGCGGUACGGAAGAAUGGGAGAGCCCAGGGCACGUGCAACGUUCGCCCAGAUACUGUCGGCGGUCGAAUACUGCCACGUGACGGGUGUGGCGCAUCGGGAUCUGAAGGCGGAAAACCUGCUUCUCGACGCCCAGAUGAACGUGAAGAUCGCCGAUUUCGGCUUCAGCAACAGAUUCGCCCCGGGUGAACGGCUGAGCACGUGGUGCGGUAGCCCUCCUUACGCCGCUCCCGAGGUUUUCCGGGGGAAGCACUACGCCGGACCGGAGAUCGACGUAUGGAGUCUGGGCGUCGUGCUGUACGUGUUAGUAUGCGGUGCACUGCCUUUCGACGGAUCGACUCUUCAGUCGUUGAGAGAUCGUGUGCUAAGCGGCAGAUUUCGAAUUCCUUACUUCAUGAGCACAGACUGCGAGAGCCUAAUACGCAAGAUGUUGGUAUUGGAGCCUUCCAAGCGAUACACCAUUCCACAAAUCAAACGGCACCGUUGGAUGGCGGGGACAGCCGACAGCAUUUGUUCAGUGAUCGUAACACGGCCGUCGUCGUCUAUUCAGGAGCCAAACGAGCAGAUACUCCGACUCAUGCACAGCUUAGGAAUAGACAUUAGCCGCACUAGAGAGUCCUUGCGAAAUAGCAGCUACGACCAUCAUGCUGCUAUUUAUUUCUUGCUGCUGGAGAGAUUGAAGCAGCAUCGUGUCAGCGGCAGCAUUAAUAAUGCCUGCUGGUCCACUGUCGCGAGAACCAAGGAAGAUAAGUUUAAAUCAAGAGGAAGAGACGAUACCGGCAGGGGGGGUAAAAGAUUCAGCUCGACAAGUUCCUCAACCGAUGAAGGUUGUUGCAGCGCGGAGGGCGAGUUGGAGGAAGGGCCGAGCAGCGACGAGCUGCGCGAAGCGCAAAUCAAACUCGAGGAGCACAGAUUAGGCCUAGAUCACGACAUCAGUCAACGAAUUGACAGUCAGAUAGUCAAUCGAAGAUUAAGCGAUUACCAGCAUCAUUUUGAUAACCCGCUUAUGGAUCCUAUUGAUCCACCCAGUCGAACAGCCCUGUUCAUGGCGGGCGGCAGUGGCAGCUCGUCCUCGGAGCUGUUCGAGUCUAGCUUCGAUUCCGGUUGCCCGCCAGAUUACACGGGGACGAAUUGCUUUACGAGCAGCUUGCCAUCCUGCACGCCACCGCCACCCAAGAGUCCGUCUCCGAUUACUGGCAGGAUAUCCCGAGUCUCUCAAGGACGACGAGCGUCUGACGGCGGGCCCAGACUAUUAUUCUGUCAGCAGGGUGUCGGCGACAGGCCGUCCAAGCAGAGGAGUAUUCAAGAUUCGGGGAAGGCACGAGGCCAUCUGGAUCUAGUCCACCUUAGACCACCGUCCACACCACCCGAUAAUCAGCAGCAAUUCAAGAUGCGCGGUGACUCGGGCACGCAGCUACAGCUUCUAAUGCAGCAACGUAUGCUGCAGCAGAAGCGCAACUUGUAUCACCGGCACCGGGGCGGCGGUAGCCCGACGCCGAUUCCAGUCUCGACCGGCGGCACCAGCAGACGCACCGAUCACGUGCCGAGACAAGACAGCUACAAGCUGGCGCAACGUACGCAGAUCUUGCCUCCUCUCUCUCAGGGGCACGUCGACAGAGACUUCGACAGAGACAGAAAACGAGACGAGGAGAGAUGGAAGAGCCUACCGUCCCGAUUGGCAGCGGACUGCCAGUUGGCGGAGAGAUCGCUGAUAUGGAGCCAGCAGGUGGGCCUUAGUGGAGGUGCGUCUUACUUACCACCGGGCAGUGUAGGUGGUUUCUUGUGGCCCACCACCAGCAAUCCACAUUCAACCAUCUUCGAAAACGUAGGGGAUCCAAUGGAAUAAACUUUUCUCUGCCCUAUUGUUCUUAAUAAUUAUCUCGAGAUCUUGCGUAUGGAAAGCCCCAGCUAUUAAUAUCGAAUAUACUCUCACAAAGAGAGAGCAAUAUUCCCUCUCCUAGUCUUUCCACGUUGACUUUCAUUAAAUAGUCGUAUAUCAUUAUUUUCUAUUUAAUAGAGGAAUGUCGAGGUGUGUGAAGUCUGUAUGAAGAAGUCAAUAAUAAUAUUCACACACAUCUGUAAUAAUAAUUAUACUUCUUUACAUACUCAAGAUCUCUCAUUAGAUGUAUGGUACAUGUUACUGAAUAUCAAAGAUUUGCACUUUUAUUCUUUUAUUGGUCCAAAACCAUUGCCACCCGAAAAAAAUCCGUUUAUUACAAAUUAUAAUAGAAUGUUUCAUUUGAGUCACUCGUUAUCAUUCGUUAUCAUUACAACAUAAUACGUGUUUCAUCAAGUUCUAUUAUACCGUAUUGUCUACAAGUAGAGUAUUGAGUACAUACUACGGAAUAUAUAUACAUGGCGCAAGAAAAAUGUUUCAUACGAAGGAAUCUUUGUCAUACAGUAACACGUGUACCUGCCUUAUUAAAAUGACUGAAUUUGUCAGUCAAAUAUCCAAUUAUAUCAUAGACUGAUAAUUGACAAGAUAAAACACCAACCGAUCUUAGUUGAAGAGCAAGUGGCAUAUGACUUGCUUUACACCAUCUGCUACUGACAAUGGGAAACGAGAACAUAAAGCGAGCAAAAGAACUGCGGGGUUUUUAAGUAUUGUUAAAUGGAGUUUUUAAUUGAUAAAUUCUAGAUAGAGCUAGGGAAAGCUUAGAAGUUUCGCUCGUUUCCGUAGUGUGCUUACAUGUGUAAAAGGAACGACAGAUGCACCGAAUUUAUGCGAAAUAUAAAUCCCUAAAGGAUAUUCUGUACUGCCAAUGAGUGAGAGAGAUAUGAAUGCUCAAAUCAUUGACGAGAUAUUAAAAAUAUGUUAUAGGGUAUAGGAAACGAAAUAUCAACGACAAGCGAGGAAUACAACAGCGACUGAGAUAGAAUUAAAAUUCUUUUUGUAACGAAGAGCGAGUACUAUGCCACUUUCGCUUUUCCGUUGAUUUAAUCGAAGAGUGGAGACACGACGCGAGUUGAAAAGUUUUUCUUACGUAGUUAUCUUAAUAAGCGUUCUAUUGUACAAAAUUAGAGAUGUUUUCCUCUUCCACUCUUCACGAUGGUGACCAUAGAAGAUAGGAAUAAAUAAUAAAGAGAAACAAUAAUAUUAGCAGUAAAUAGUAGCUAACAUGUGUAAAAAGUGCUGCAUUCUGUAAAAAAAAAUGGUCGAAUCAAUUAUUUGCGUGAUCAAUUUGCUAUGUAAGUAUAAAUUAAACUGCAUUACUGUAUACGUUAUCUCUUUCUAGAAAUAUUUACCACACACAACACGUACAUUAACGGUCGCACUACUUUUAUACAAGUGUCUUUCAUAACACUCUCACUCAGACUCUAAAUAUGAUUUCUUCUCAGCUGGAUAUUUUCCAUUUCAACGGCUCUGUUUACGAGCUUGGUACGUUAUAAUUAUUAGAGGAAACGUUGUGGGAAAAAACGAUAGCAAUUACGAAACCCUUUGUACAAUUUGAUAUGAAUACAGCACUUUAAAAACAAUAUAUAUAUACAUAUAUAUAUAUAUAUAUAUUAUUAUUAGAACCUAGUAAUAUAGUCAGUAGUAAGCAAUACCGGCCGCGCACAACUGACAACGACUUUACUAUUCAAGUUUUUCGCCAUUUUUUACCCGACAGGAAACAAUCAAACAUCGCUCAAAAGUCUUUUGAUAAGUGAGACAUAACUGUUAAGUUAGCUUAAUCACAAACGAAAUCCAUUAUCCGUAAACGGACAUCGAUGCAAAGUAUCCAUGAAUCUCAGGAAUUGAAAAUCAAUUUUGGCAUUGUUAUACGAAUUCUCAUAUCCGUCUCUCUUGGACUCAUAGGAUCUCGUAUAUCGCGUAAACUAGAAAUCCAGUAGAGCAUAAAAAACUGUUGUUUUUAUAUAGCAGCAAUAAAUCGAUUUCACCUUGUCCAUCGAGGAAUACAUUUACGCAAGUUCAGCUACACGAAGUUCUCGCGGAAGAUUUUGCGACGAUUACAUGUGAUACUGUUGUUUUAUAAUAUGUAAGCUAUAUUGUUUUAUAUAAUAUGUAACCUGUUUAAGAACUACCACCAUUUUGCGGAAGUAAUUAUUUGCUAUCAAAUCACUGACUGCCAUACAGACAAUUUGUCUUAUUAGAAGAAAAAAAAAAAACAAUGAAU